AUGUGUAUUUCUGAAGGCUCAGUUAGACUAACUCAUCUCUGUCAAAAAAUGCAAUUAACAAGUGAGCAUUUUCGUGCGAUCAUUUUUCACAACUUUCGACGUGGAUUAUCACGACAAGACUACAUUGAUGAACUUAAAUCUUUGAAUGGCGAUGAAGCACCACCCUAUAGCACUGUGAAAAACUGGUUUAAUGUAUUCAAUCGUGACCGACACUCGCUCAGUGACGAAUUCCGUGAAGGUCGUCCAAAAAUGGCCGUUGUGCCAGAGAACAUUGAUGCCGUGCGUGAACUGAUAAUGCAAGAUCGUCAUGUGAUAUACCGUGAGAUAGAGGCAUCCUUGGGCAUUUCUCCCAUCAGCAUACAUUCGAUAUUGCAUAAACACCUGGUCGUAAAAAAGGUUUGUUCUCGUUGGAUCCCGCACAAUUUGACAAUCGUUCAAAAAAAGGCUCGUGUCGAUUGGUGUAAAGAAAUGUUGAAAAAAUACGUUCACGGUGCUUCAAAAGACGUUUAUAAGAUCACCGGUGACGAAUUAUGGAUCUAUGCGUAUGAGCCCGAAACAAAACAACAAUCGACCAUGUGGGUUUUCGAAGACGAGCCAAAUCCAACGAAAGUUGUUCGUGGAAGAAGCACUUCGAAGCAAAUGGUCGCCUAUUUCUACGGCAAAACUGGUCAUGUGGCGACUGUUCCGCUUGAGCAACGAAGGACGGCCACUUCUGAAUGGUACACCACAAUUUGUUUGCCUGAAGUCUUCGGAGAAAUUCGAAAAACGAACAAGAGAAGAUGAAUCAUUGUUCACCAUGACAACGCGAGCUCUCACACAUCGGCUCAAACCAGCGCCUUUUUGACCGGCCAAAACGUUGAAUUGAUUGGUCAUCCGCCGUAUAGCUCUGACUUGGCACCCAAUGACUUCUUUUUAUUCCCGCACAUCAAAAAAAAAUCCGCGGUCAACAAUUUUCGUCGCCAGAAUGUUUAGUU